AUGCACACGACUCGCGCUUUUUCGCGACGCGCAGCUUCCCUGGAAAGGAGUGCGCGACGACUUCUGUCCUCGUUCGAGUGUUCUGCUUCGUCGUCGAACACGAAUGCUGCAUUCAAACGCGCAUCACGUUCGUCAACGAUGUCCCCGCUUUGUUCUCGACCGUUUUCCACAUCAUCAUCAUCAUCAUCAUCAUCAUCAUCGAGUGGUUUGAAGAACAACAAUAAAUUCACCGCCGCUGCACGCGCUGCUUCUGCCACGCGCGCUUUCCGAACGAACGCGCGACGCGCGUUAAAAGCAACGCUCGGGGAACGCGGAUAUCGCGAGAUGGAAAAGAUGGUGAAACAGGUACAAAAUCCAAUGCACGUGUACAGACAAAAAAAGAGAGAAAUGAAAGCGAUUCGACAACACAACGAACAUUUUUUUCGAAUCCUCAAAACGAUCGGCGUCACCGUCGCGUUGUGGCGCGUUCUCGCGGAAACGAAAGAUUUCAGCGAACGCGGGUUCGAGAAAGGGUUUUCGGUCUCGCGAAAAGUGGAGAAGGAGUUACUCGCGAGCGCGAUUGCGAGCGCGGCGAUGAUGAGAGCGUUGACGAAAGGAAGACCGUUGGACGCGGUUGGGAUAUCGAAACAGUUGGCAAAGAGCGCGUCGAGCGAGUAUAAAGGGUUGAGCGAGGUGUUAGGGACGCCGUUGAGAGUGAACGAGAGCGUGUAUUCGCAAACGACGAGGAGCGAGCAUUGGCGAGGACGAGGGAACAAGGCGAUUGUGACCAGGCACGCGUGCGUUAUUAGCGGAACGAAAGGCGAUGGCGUUUUGAGUUUUUUAUGCGUGGAGAAUGGGAGCGGUGGUGUGAUGUCUGUGGUGAGUACUAAAAUCAGUAGUGCCAGUGGUCGUAGUAAUGUUGACGUUGAGGAUGAUAUUGGAGAUGCGCCAUCUUCUUCUCCGAAAUCGAUACCGCAAAUACUCACGUCCGAACAAGUCGCCGCGCACACGUCGACCGCGGUGAAAUCCGUCGGAGGGUUCUUCAGACGCACUCUUUUGGAAAACGACACCUCUGCGGUUACCGUAGCUCGAAUCGAUGUGUUCCCGAACGACGACGACGUCGAAGAAGAAGAACGCGACGACGAAACUACCGCGUCGUGCAAAAAAUACACGCCGGCAUUGACAACCUAUUUGAAAGGCACCGAACGAUUAGACGGCGAAGAUUUGGCGUUGCAUCACGCUCGUGAAAGCGUACGCAGAUUCGGAUUAGGGCGACGCACGGUCGCGUCCGUGAUUGAUUUCACGAAAAAAACGAGCGACGACGACUCGUCGAGCUCGAGCGCGGCGGCGGCUUUCAGAAAAUCAUUCGCAAAGAGAAAAGAGAGGUGCGAAAGGAAAAGUUGA